AUGCGAUGCGCGAGCAAGGCCGCCGAGAGCGCGUCUGCACGUCUCUGUGCGGACGCCGAAGCAGAAACAACAGCAACUGAUGUCUCAUCGGUUGCUGAAGCGACUCAGCCUGUGUCACUUGGUGAUGCAGGCGCUGGCCAUGAAGACACUCGUGUCUUCACAGAGUAUGAGCUCGGUGUCUUGUACUCUCCUGAUACGGAUGACGGAUCCGUAUCGACGGCGAUCGAAUCUAAGCCGCCUGCCAAGCGUGGCAUGGAUGAUGCUAUGCGUCGUAGCAUCUUUGGUUCAUCUGAUGAAUCAGAUGAACCAUCGCCGAAGCGAAGGCGCUCGAGGUCGCGAGACUCGGGCGCUAACAGUGGUGUCGGUUCUCCUAUGGACACCACUUCACAGCGAGGUGCCAGUACUUCUGUCGGCACGUCGCAGGAAGAGCGGGACCGCAAUGUCUUGCGUCUCGCUCCCGAGAAGAAGGCAUGGAUGCCUCCUAAAACUGUCAUGGAUCACUUUUCGGCGACGACGAGUGAUCGUUAUCGAACACGAAUAUUCGAUUCGUCAAGGAUCCAUCACCUUGACCCCAGCGCGAAAAACUAUCGCGCUGAACAUGAAUUCUUCAUCGACGCUUUCUUCAGACAUCGAUGGUACAGUGGGAACCACAAGCGUGACGGUCCCUCACUACUUCAGGCGUGGAACGCCUACAUCCAUAACCUCGAGGAUGUAGGUAGUGACGCUUGGAACGACAAACUUAUCAAAGCUCGUGAUAAGUUUGAAAAGCGAACCCCGACGGGUGCACGCUACAAUCUGCAUCGCUUACCUCCUUACCAGCCCGUGGUGGCGCGUACGUUCUCUACUGAGAUGUACGAAGGGAUUGACAACCUGAAAUCCCUUUACGACCGUGCCGGGAAGACUUUCUCCGGAGGUCCUUCUGCGGCACAGGAUGUGCCGCGUCGUACUGCUCAACCAGACCCAGUACGUCAACCAUCAGCUGGGAGCGGGGCUCCCAAGAAUCCCAGGACGGGGGAUAGCCGCGCCAGCGGACGAGAUAACUCGUCCGACGUCCGUUCACGUCGCGGUGGUUCAACAGCUGCUCAACUAGAUAGCGCUGGCCACCACGAGAGUCCUCUAAUGGAGGUGGAGGAGGAGGAAAGACGCUCUCCACACGAUCGUGGGGAUCCGUGUGUGUUCCCGAGAGCUUCUUUGAUCGCGUAA